GCCCCCAGGCAGAAGCUUCCCCUUUUAGCCACCAUGUGGGAAAGGAGAGAGCGAAAGGACGGAAGAAGGGACGAUUUUUCAGACCUCUGCAGGCAGAGUGAGCUGGUCAUGGUGCCCUGAGAAUGCAGCCAGCAGGCACAGCCAGUCAGUAACCUCCCUGCAGCAGGCGAGCCUGUACCGAGAGCCUGCCAGAAACGCAUGCUCAGCGUCACACGCAGCACCUAGUGAUACCGGCAGAGACGAGUGUGGAUUAAAGCUGCUGCUCUAUCCAAUUGGUAUCAGGUGUGACUCAGGACAAAGAAGCAAAAGCCUGAAAGGAAGUUUUGAGGGUUGCAAGUGCAGCAUCUGCUGAACUGGAAAGAUGAUGGAGAGCACGGGAGGACCAUAUCUGAACCCAGCUGCAGUGACGUCCCCGGUGGGAAUAGCUCGUUUACUGCAGAUGACAUUUGGAUGCACCACAUUCAGCCUGGUAGCCCACCAAGGGGGAUUCAGUGCAGCCUACGGCACUUUCUGCAUGUUUGUCUGGACCUUCUGUUUUGCCAUCACUGUCUUUAUCAUAACCUGCGAGUUCACGCAACUGCACAGCUGCCUGCGCAUUUCGUGGGGAAACUUCACUGCUGCUUUUGCCAUGCUGGCCACACUCAUGUCUGUCACAGCUGCGGUGAUCUACCCACUCUAUUUUGUCCAGCUCAGUUGUUAUCCGAUCGGCUGUGAGGUGAGAGAUUUUCGCAUAGCAGCCAGCGUCUUUGCAGGCCUCCUGUUCGUUGCGUACGCUGUGGAAGUGUUCUUAACCAGGGCAAAGCCAGGACAAGUCACCAGCUACAUGGCCACAGUCUCUGGCCUCCUGAAAAUUGUGCAGGCUUUUGUGGCAUGCAUCAUCUUUGGGGCACUGGUGAAUGACAGCCAGUACAGCAAGUACGUGGCGACACAGUGGUGCGUAGCUGUCUUCAGCUUUUGCUUUGUGAUGACAGUGGUGGUGGUGGCCUUCAGCGUUACGGGUAAGACAGCCACGCUGUGGUUUCCCUUUGAGCGCUCUGUGGUGGUUUACACCUUCGUGGCCGUCCUGCUGUACGUGAGCGCGGCGGUCAUCUGGCCAGUGUUCUGUUUCGACAGCAAGUACGGCUCCCCGCAGCGCCCCGCGCUCUGUGCCAAGGGCAAGUGCCCCUGGGAUAGCCAGCUGGUGAUUGCCAUCUUCACCUAUGUGAACCUGCUGCUCUAUGUCGUGGACCUGGCCUACUCGCAGCGCAUCCGCUUUGUCUCCCACCUAUAGGCCCAGGUCUGCUUCUGCAAAGCCACCCAAGCUCUGUGAACAAAUGCAACUAGGGACGCAGCAAGAGCUGGGCUGUGGUGGAGGGGGCUGUUGACCAGGCACACAAUAAGAAACAUGAACCAAACUCGAAGGUUAAGACUGGACCAACAAAUGAACAGCUUGUAGUGUGGGGAAGCUGCAGGCAAUCCUGGAAAAAUAACCCACCUCCCCAGUCAUUCAACAUCUGCUUCAGCCACCUGGUACCAAGCAAAGAAAUUAUGCAGUUCAAAAUGUGUGAAACAGCCUUUCAUCUCCAGAAGACAGACAGGCUUGCUGCAGUACUGGGUCUGUAGGCUACUGGAUUCCUGAACCAAAUAUUAAGGAAAGGCAUGAAAGAUUUUGAAACUGUUACCAACACUGAACUAUAAUCAAGUGAUUGCCCAGGAAGUGGGAAAACUAAAAGCUGCAUCAAGGAACACCAGUUCUAGGGAUGAAAAAUGAUCCUUCACAGUUUGGGUUAGUUUGUACUAUGUGGUGAGAUACGAAAUGCUUGCAAGUGUGGGAAACCCUAGUCAGGAUGUUUCUGAGAAGAACAUCACAGCCAUAUUACUAUUUUGAAGAUUAACAGUCCUUGCCCUUCCUCUCUUUCUCCUUUGUUGCUUAGCACAGAGAAAGAAAAUCCUUAAGCGUGUACCUUGGUGGGAAGUAUGGGACAUUCUUGUUCAGCAAACACUGAGUCAUUACAGAAAUGAAGCUUUGCGAAACUGGGGUUCUACUGCCAAGCUACAGGCUGCAGAAUGGAACUAAGCUGCAAAAUAAGCAUGUCAUUUAACAUCUUCACACAAGCAGGACCUGAAGGUAGCUUGGCAUGUGCAUCUUUCUCAGUUCAUACCCUACUGUUUCCUUAUACUGAUGUCAAGAUCCCCCCCCCCCCCCCCCCCGGAAGUCUGAAGUGAAUAUGAGUUUGGGGAGUGGGAGGAACAGAGGAGGGAAGGGGAUGCAAAGAUGAAUUGAUCUCACGGCUCUGCAUAAAAGACCAAAAUUGCUGGGGAAAAAACUUGCAUAUAAUGGUAACCAAUUGAGAGCACCGCCUCAGACUAGAUCAGGUUUUAGUAUUCCUGACAUUUUGCGUCACCAAACAGCUGCAUUUCUCUGACCCAUCCCUGACAAAAUGACUUUGAAGUCCUACAUAGCAUGGCUCAGAUUUCAAGCUUAAUAUGAAAAACUGUUCUUCAUUUCUGAUCCAGCAAAAAACCAAAGCAGUCUGAGUACUUGUGCAGAAAGUAUGCAGACUGGAUAGGUUUAAUUAAAGUCCAGAAGUAGUUGACUGUCAGAAGCAAGAUUUCCCUCUUAACUAUUUUAAAAUAAGGCUGAAUGGCAGACUUAUUGCAUCUCUAGAGAUUUGUAUACAUUUAUCUUAUCCUCUACAGAGCUACUAUUUUAGCACAUAGUCCUUCUGCUUUCUGCCAGAAAGCACAGUUCAAUUUAUAUUUUCAUUUUAUGAAGCCUGAAUGCAGCCCUAAAAAAGUGUAUAGCCAAGAGCUCUGACUACCAUUCUUGGUAGCAGGGUCACUCAGGAAAAAGCAAGAAAACAUAUCUCUCAUCAGGGCUUUCUGUGGGGUUUGAAAAACAGCGGAAAAAUAUGUUGGGACAGAUGGCUUUGGAUAAUUCUGCUGCUCUUUGGGUUAGAAGCAGCCUUUAAAGAUUCAAAUUAUUAGCCCAUGAGACAGGGCAAGAAUCACUAUCUGUAGUAAAAGGAAUGCACAAAAUACCCUCCCAAGAGAUUUUUCUUGUCCACAAGUUCCCAUUAAGGGCAGGAAAUUCAGAAGAUAAUGGUCCAGCAAGAGGCUGGCCAGCUCAUUCUAGGUCAAGACCAAGAUUAUUUGGUGUAGGUGUAAAACAGGGCACUAGAGAGCUUUUUCUUCUUGCACCCUCAAGCCCAAACAUAUUAAUGGACUGUAUAAAUAAGAAGUUUUAAGUUUGGAAGAGAAAUUCAUUUGUAUUAGAGUAGGCAUUGUACAAUAAAGUCAUUGCACACUAAAGAAAU